UCUCUUAUUUAGGAACUGAAGUGAAACGUGCUUUAUGAGUAAGAAAAUGAAGGCUACAGUUACAGCAGUUCUUAUCAUCUCCUUUGCUACAUAUUCAGUGGAUGCUCUACUGUGCUAUGUUUGUAGCGAUGCUCUGUUUGCUGCUGAAUGCUAUAAGAAUAUACAGAAUUGCUCAGCGGAGCAAGGUACUUGUCUAGCUUCAGUUUCCACAGAUGGUGGAGUUUCUCUCUAUAUGAAGAUGUGCUCUUCCAGUUUUGCUUGUUCAGUUUUAGCAAAUGCUAAUAUUGAAUAUACAACAACAAGAUGUUGCAGUACUGACCUGUGUAACAACACUUGUGUCUUCAAGAUGAAUUUCUUGCUCCUAGGAGUCAGUGUCAUUUUUAUUCUCCUUACUUGCAUUGUGUAGAAAAAAGAAUCAUUGUCACCAACACAUUUUAAGUGGCACUUAAUGCAUCAUGUCACGUAAAUGUUUUGCAAUCCCAAGAUAAUCUUGCCAUCAGGCAGUGGUAUGCCAGAUUUUACAAACUAUCUACUUAGAGUUAACCUCGACUAGGACUUGUAAAGCUGACGUCUGUUGAGAGGUGGCAUUGGUGAACACAAAGCUAGAAGGCUCUUAUUUUUUUCUUCACCUUGGUACUCCUUGUUUUUCACAGUCUUGUUUGUUGAUAUCUUCACACUCAGACAAUGGUAUUUGGUAAUGUAUUACUUUUGUAUGGCAUUUCACAAAUUUGGAUUGCAAUCUACUUAAAAUUAAGAAAACAUUGAUUACAAAAAGAAAAGACUAAAUGAUUUAUUCAAUGUUACAGAGCAAACUUUGGUCUUUUAUUAUCUAAUAAUUAUUUGAAUACGCGAAA